AGGACCCAGUUUGGGAAACCCUACCCUAGGCUGCGUUUACACAGUCAGCCCAAUUCUGAUAUUUUUUUCCCCCCACUAAUUGGUAUUUUGACAAAUCACAUUAGAUCUUUUCACGUCAGAUCUUUUUCAGAGCUGAUCUUAUUGGUCAAAAGUCAAAUUACUCAACAAAAAAAAAAAUCAGAAUUUGGCCGUCUGUGUAAACGCAGCCCAUGAUUCGAAUCAGCCAAUUGUCAGCGGGCUCACCUGAUUGCAGAUCUGAGAUGUGUUUGUGCCGCAAUAAGAGGUCAUUUGGAACGCGCGUGGAGAAGAACACACAUGCGUGUUGGUAUUCGGGUGUUUAUAUGCGAUCACGUUGCUUGUACCUGGCUCUCUCCUAUCGAUGACCGAAGCUUCAGAAAUGACUAUCAAGAAAAGUAAAACCGUCGCGUUUGAGAACCGUGCUGGGGAUUUAACUGCGUUGUAUUGUAUGAGUGAUUGGAUGAUUGCAGUGGUUCUCGCUAUUAUUGCCAUGAUGUCUGUAUGGGCUGCAGUGAUCAUAUACAGAUCUAUACAGGCACUGAAAGGUCCGAGAAGAAAGGUUGAAGAUGAAACUGAAAAGGACGGAAAGGAGACUACAACCGAAGAAGCACCCCUCUCUUGUGUCGAGUCAACAGAGGAGACUGAUGUGAUUCCAGAGGCACUGGAGAGCUGGGCUGGAGAGGGAUGGAAGAGGGAGCCCAUGGUACGGAUUCCAACAAUCGAUGAGGAUGUAGAACCCAUUGAGGGUAUCCCAACAACCAAUGAGGAUCUACAAACCCUUAGACGGAGAAGAACGACGAAGAGCGACGGUCCUUAUGCUGAGUUUCACCUCUGCUCUCCACCUGAAGAGCACCAAGGCUUAUUUCAUCAUUAUGAAGGCCUAUGUCAGGUCUGUGGAGGCUUGUGUCAGGAUGACACACGGUCUCGGACUGACAAUACCCUGGAUGAGGAGGAACAAGCUACCAGUCACCAUUCCCUCAGUGACAUAAACAGUCAAUCUGGACAGACGAAGGCUACAGACUUGUAUAACCCGGAAGAGGAGGGUUUGAAGGAAGUUGAACUGAGGAAUGAUUGUCAGCGCACCGAGGAGUCUGUGGCUAGCCAUCCACUUACCUUUGCCAACAACCCUCAGGAAGCUCCACAAGUCAAUGAAAAUCUCCCUGACAUGUUGACUGACUCUGGUCUACAAGAACCUGACCAACUGUCUGUUACGGAGAUCCAGGAAGGAAAAUGCCCAGGCGCUGUCAUGAUGACCAGCCAUGUGGCGGACUAUGAGAAGUCUAGAACCAUGGAGGAUGACAUGGAAGCGAUGGUUGAGGAUCUCUACAGUCACUUCCCGCGAGUGGACGAUCGUUCAGCAGGUUUCGAAUAUUGUGACGUGGCAAAUGCAUGGGUGGCGAAAAGAGACGCUCGUAUUCCAGCUUUAAGCCUGUUGUCAACAGGGAUUGACCCUACAGCGAGGAUGACGAGCAACCCCCAGGAAGUGUUUGACCAACAGCCAGACAGUCUCUGCACUGAUCCCAACAGAGACGGUGUUCUUCGUGACAACGCGAUGGAAGGGCUAAGCAGGGAGCCGACGGAAACUCGAGACACCCAUGUGAUUUCAGAGCAGAAGGGAGAGGGGGUUGAUAAGCGCAUGGACACACGGGUAGAGAGCAGUUGUCAGGAAGUUGAAAUAAACAUCAUGGAAGCCACUAUGGACUACAAUGAAUGGAUGACUGUAAGUGUCACAGAUGCAGAGGGUAACGCUGACACUCCCCGGGUGAGGAUAAGCCACUCGUCCGACUGCUCUGCCGAGGCGAAGCAUCAUCCCACAGAAACGCAGCACAAUGCAGACGAUUCAACAAUCACUGAAACGCCCACAUCAAAGGUCAAAGAAGCUGAAACCACACCUGUAUCACUAGAUGGAGACCUGCAGGAGAAUAAAAUGGAAGCUGUGCUUCCUAAUGAACCCCAUGCAGUACAGGUGAGGUUCUGUAUCCACUAUCACACCCUGUCUCCCCGGCAGGAACUGGCUGUGACUGGGAACCAACCGGAGCUGGGGACCUGGAAGGACUUCGUUCCGCUGGAGAGGGGCCAGGACGGGUUCUGGGCCAGCUGGGUCGCCCUCCCUGCGGAGAAACUGGUGGAGUGGAAGUUCGUUCUGGUGGAGAAUGGAGAAAUCCAACGCUGGGAGGAGAGUGAGAAUAGACACCUGGAAACGGGUCAUGGCGGUGGCGUGGUGAACCUCAACAGGUGGUGGGGCAUCCUCUGAGGGCGCAACCAGUGGGAGAAGUGAAGUGUACUAGUAAUCUAUUCUAAGUGGUGUUAGUAGUGUGUGACUCUUGCAUAGGAAGAGGACUGACUGGCGCAAGGGGUCGAUCAUAGAGGACUUGGUUGCGUCCCAAUUUCUUACCCUUCACCCUGUGCACUAAUUCACUUUUUUUUUCUUUGCAUUUUUAAAAAGCAGUUUCCAACAUAUUCCAUACUCCGAUCCUUUACUUUUUACAGGGAAGUAAUUGAGUGUACACUUUGGGUAAAGUAUCUAAUCAGGGCUCUGGUCCUUUUUAUGUACUGUAUUAUAGCAACACAACUAUUAAUCAAGUGGACACGUCUUAAGUCAAUGACGUAAUGCAAAGGUAGAGUUGGAUGAAUGUCAAUUUAGUAUGGCGCUUGGAUGUUGUCCAAUGUAGGAUGAUGAUUCACUACUUUGACUAGAGCAGCUCUGUACUAUGUUAGGCUUUGACACCAGCAUUAUUUGUGCUGUGGCAGUAUAGCAAUAAUCACUGCAAUAAGUGUUAUUCAAGUGUUUUACAUGUUUUACUGCAGUUACUCAGGCUGUCUUUUUGUGAUUGUGAAAUGGGCUGUUUAUAUUUACCAGAAAUAGAAGUGUACUCGUAAACCGUCAACCGAUAUAGGUCAGCGACUUGUUAUUAUGCAAAUACUGUGAUGCUGGAAUUUUAAAUGUCAUAUCUCUACAUCAGAUCUUAGCCUUCUUGAAUUAUAUUUGUAUCUAGCUUCACCAGGUCCCUUAACUGUUUUGAUAAUACAUUUAUCAGUGUUCAUGAAUGUUUUUGACAUGUUUACUCACUUUGGUUUGGUUAGAUUUUAUUUUAGCACAAUUGAUGGUGUCUUGGUUCUAAUCUUUUAAUAAUAAAAUGUAUGAUUGCAAUGUGGUUAAUGUACUACUGUUAUAUAGUUAGCUUAAGUAGUGUUCUGUCCCAUUACCCAAUAAACAAACAUAUUUUCCUGGAA